CGGGAUGUGGCGGGGCCUUUGUCUCUAUCUGCUGCCGGAGCUCCAGGUCUCGUCCUCACUACUCUGUGUCUUCUGCUUUUAGGGGCGCAGCCUCUGUGGCCCUGUGACCUGCCCCCUGGAAGCCUAGAAAUGGGACUGUUGACAUUUAGGGAUGUGGCCAUAGAAUUCUCUCUGGAGGAGUGGCAGUGCCUGGACACUGCACAGAAGAAUUUAUAUAGGAAUGUGAUGUUAGAGAACUACAGAAACCUGGCCUUCCUGGGUAUUGCUGUCUCUAAGCCAGACCUCAUCAUCUGUCUGGAGAAAGAAAAAGAGCCCUGGAAUAUGAAGCGAGAUGAGAUGGUGGAUGAACCCCCAGGUAUAUGUCCUCAUUUUGCUCAAGACAUUUGGCCAGAGCAGGGCGUGGAAGAUUCUUUUCAAAAAGUAAUACUAAGAAGAUUUGAAAAAUGUGGACAUGAGAAUUUACAGUUAAGAAAAGGUUGUAAAAGUGUGGAUGAGUGUAAGGUACACAAAGAAGGUUAUAAUGGACUUAACCAGUGUUUCACAACUACCCAGGGCAAAGCAUCUCAAUGUGGUAAAUAUUUGAAAGUCUUUUAUAAAUUUAUAAAUUUAAACAGAUAUAAGAUAAGACAUACUAGAAAGAAACCUUUCAAAUGUAAAAAUUUUGUCAAAUCAUUUUGCAUGUUUUCACACAAAACCCAGCAUAAAAGCAUAUAUACUACAGAGAAGUCCUACAAAUGUAAAGAAUGUGGAAAAACCUUUAAUUGGUCCUCAACCCUUACUAAUCAUAGGAAAACUCGUGCUGAAGAAAAGCCCUACAAAUGUGAAGAAUAUGGCAAAGCUUUUAAUCAAUCCUCAAAUUAUACUACACAUAAGGUAACUCAUACUGGAGAGAAGCCUUACAAGUGUGAAGAAUGUGGCAAAGCAUUUAGCCAAUCCUCAACACUAACCAUACAUAAGAGGAUACACACUGGAGAGAAACCCUGCAAAUGUGAAGAAUGUGGCAAAGCAUUUAGCCAACCCUCAGCACUAACCAUACAUAAGAGGAUGCACAUUGGAGAGAAACCCUACAAAUGUGAAGAAUGUGGCAAAGCAUUUGUAUGGUCCUCAACCCUAACUAGACAUAAGAGGCUGCACACUGGAGAGAAACCCUACAAAUGUGAAGAAUGUGCCAAAGCUUUUAGCCAAUUCGGACACCUUACUACACAUAGGAUAAUUCAUACUGGAGAGAAACCCUACAAAUGUGAAGAAUGUGGCAAAGCAUUUAUAUGGCCCUCAACCCUAACUAAACAUAAGAGGAUUCACACUGGAGAGAAACCCUACAAAUGUGAAGAAUGUGGCAAAGCUUUUCAUCGAUCCUCAAAUCUUACUAAACAUAAGAUAAUUCAUACUGGAGAGAAACCUUACAAGUGUGAAGAAUGCGGCAAAGCGUUUAUAUGGUCCUCAAACCUUACUGAACAUAAGAAAAUUCAUACUAGAGAGAAACCCUACAAAUGUGAAGAAUGUGGUAAAGCAUUUAGCCGAUCCUCAGCCCUAACUACACAUAAGAGGAUGCACACUGGAGAGAAACCCUACAAAUGUGAAGAAUGUGGCAAAGCUUUUAGCCAGUCCUCAACCCUUACUGCACAUAAGAUAAUUCAUACUGGAGAGAAACCCUACAAAUGUGAAGAAUGUGGCAAAGCAUUUAUAUUGUCCUCGACCCUAUCUAAACAUAAGAGGAUUCACACUGGAGAGAAACCCUACAAAUGUGAAGAAUGUGGCAAAGCUUUUAAUCAAUCCUCAAAUCUUAGUACACAUAAGAUAAUUCAUACUGGAGAGAAACCUUACAAGUGUGAAGAAUGUGGAAAAGCAUUUAAUCGAUCCUCAAAUCUUAGUACGCAUAAGAUAAUUCAUACUGGAGAGAAACCUUACAAGUGUGACGAAUGUGGCAAAUCAUUUAUCUGGUCCUCAACCCUUUUUAAGCAUAAGAGGAUUCAUACUUGAGAGAAACCUAAAAAGGGUAAAGAAUGUGGCAAAGCAUUUAUAUGGUCCUCAACUAAACGUAAGAGGAUGCAAACUGGAGAGAAACCCUACAAAUGUGAAGAAUGUGAAAAAGCUUAAUCCUCAAAUCUUACUAAACAUUAGAUAAUUCACACUGGAGAGAAACCUUACAAGUAUGAAGAAUGUGGGAAAGCUUUUAAUCUCUCAAAUCUUACUACACAUAAGAUAAUUCAUACUGGAAAUAAACCCUACAAAUGUGAAAAAUGUGGCAAAGCAUGGUCCACACCCCUAAGCAGACAUAAGAGGAUGCACACUGGAGAGAAACCUUACAAAUGUGAGGAAUGUGGCAAAGCCUUUAAAUGUUCCUCAACUGUUACUAAACAUAAAGUAAUUCAUACUGAAGAGAAACCCUACAAAUGUGAAAAAUGUGGCAAAGCCUUUAAGCAAUCUUCAAUCCUGAGUAACCAUAAGAGAAUUCAAACUGGAAAGAAACCCUGCAAGUCUGAAGAAUGUGGGAAAUCUUUUUUUUUUUUCCAUUGCACCUUUAUUGUUUAUUCUGUUCACUGUUCAGAAUUUUCAUACAGUCUUUCUAGAAUCAAGAAGGGUGUACAGUGGUAUUCCUGCGGCUUUCUCUCCUCUCUACCUCCUCUCUUGUUCAGCAGCCUCCGGACCCCCAAGGGCUAAGGAAUCAGACACACCGGGUUUGGAUCCUGACUCCACUAGGAGCCAUGUGAUCUCAGGGAUAUUUCUUGAUCUCUCUCAGCUCUUCUUCCUUCUUCUGCAAUGUGGGGAAAAGACUCCCUCUCUCACAGAGUUGCUACCAGAAUUCAAUGACUCCAAGUAUCCAAAGCAUCUGGCACAGUGCCUGGGCACACAGUACGCCCAGAUGCACCUUAGCUUCCUUCCUUCUGGCAGGGAAAAGAUACCUGAUAAACAAAGCCAGAGCCAGCUGCUUAGGGGCAUUUGCUUUAUAAAGAGCCUGGUCUCUUUAACAGAGCCCAAGAAAUGACUCUCUAAUGGUGGAAUUUCAGACACCAUAGCAUGGGUGAGGGAGAGAUCUGGAGGCAUAGACUAUAGAAGUCUCAGAAUCAUUUGAAUCCAGCCAGGCAGACUGCUGCUGCUUCUGCCCAGGGGCAAGGCUGGUGAUACAGUUUGGCUGUAACCCCACCCAAAUCUCAUCUUGAAUCCCCACAUGUUGUGGGGAGAGACCCAGUGGGAGGUAACUGAAU